AAAGGAAAAUACUUCGAUAAAUCCUAUUUCUAGAAAUAAUUGUCUUUAUGUCCAAUAGUAUUUCUUGUCCGUACAGCCAUGCUCAUCGUCUAAUGAUCUGGAAACAGAGCAAGAAAAAAGAAAAAAGAAAAAGAAAAAGGAAAACAAACAAGCGGAACAGGGAGAAAGUAGAAGAAUUUUUAAGAGAAAAAAUAAAAGUUAAUGCAUCUGAAAAGGGCAUUAUGGAGCUCCAGAUUCAAGGAAAACUCACCGGAAGAAGAAGAAUCAUCAGCAGAUCCACCGCCCCAGCAACCGUCGUCAACGGCGGUGGAUGAGUUAGUUAACUCGUUAAACAAACAAAGAUUAUACAGAGAAGUAACUCUCGCCCUCCGCACUGGUCUCAAAGAUGCUAGCGCCGAAUUCUCUUUCCUUCGACUCCGUGGCCUCCGCUCUCUUCUUAACUUUCUCCGAUCUGUUGCUCAGUCCGACUCAAGAAUCAACCUCUUUUGUCAAACUCAGUCCAUACCUGAACUCCAAGUGGUUCCAGUUUUGUUUGAACAUUGCUUAAAAGAAGGAGAGGAUGACAGAGUGGAGAGUUUGGAUGUUAUAUUUGGGGUAGAGCCUCUGAAGAUUACUAGUCCUUCAACUGGUGCUGAAAUUGCGCUUGCUCUUCGUGUUCUUGAAGGUUGUUGUCUUCUUCAUAGCGAAAGCACCAUUUUGGCGCAUCAACAUAAGGCUAUUGAGGUUUUGUUGCAUAUAUUAUCAAGUAGAGGUGCGGCGGAGCAAGGUGCUUGUUUAGAUGCUCUAAUUUCAAUAAUGAUGGAUUCAUCGUCCAAUCAAAUGGAUUUUGAGGUUUGUAAUGGUAUUGAGGAAGUGGCGGUGCUCAUUAGGGACAAGCAAGUGGAUGAAAAUCUCAGGUUGAAAUGUGGGGAAUUCUUGCUGCUAUUCAUUGGCCAUGUUAAUAGAAGGGAAGGACCUCCAUUGUAUACUAUACAUGAAGACAUAAGGCGACUUCUUGGUGAGACAUCGGCAUCCUUGAUAUGGGCAGCCAGUCAAUUUGGCUCAACCCUUGACCCUGAGCAGAGAAUGACUGCACUACAUAUACAAGCUCGCAGGGUACUUGAGUCACUCGACUUGUACUAAUUUAAGUAUAUGAAUGUUCUUCUGAAACUUGUUAGCUUUGUUUAGCAAUUUGCAAGGUUGUGCCUAUUUCUACAACCGAUAUUUGCUAAUGCCAAAAUCUCAUAAAUAUUCUUAACUUACAAGUUGCAUAAAGUGCUUAUGUAUUAACUAAUGUAGAGGCAGGAGAGGAAGGGCGAAAAUAUAUGCAGCCUGAAUUGCUCUCUUAGUUCCUCUUAACUCUCUUUCUUUUUUUGGUAGCCUUAGCACUUCAUAUGUUGUUGCUCUUUCUCCAAGUUUAAGCUAAAUAGAACAAUAUCUUGCAAUGAUCAGAUGCAA